UAUAAUUCCAAUUUAAAUGGGAUAUAAAGACUCAGAAUCAAUAAACUUAAUUGUUCUGUAUGAGUAAAAGUAUAUUUCUCAUCAAAUAUAUAUAUUUAAAACUUGUUGUUUCAGUAGGAACAGAAAAGUUAGAGGAAAUAACUGUGCAAAGCCAGGCGACAGGAUUUAUUCUAAGAGGCAUCUUGCUCAGAUGGCAAAAUCAGCUAUUCCAACUCAUCAUCAUGGUCGCUGGUUGUCUCAUCAUGAGGUCCUCAGUUUAUCAUCGUCUUCAUCUUCAACUUGCAGCGUUGCAGCAUGUUCUUCUCUUAACUCGCAGUGUUGCAGCAUGUUCUUCAUCUUCAACUCGCCCGAGUGUUACAGCUUAUUCAUCUUCAUCAAACGUUGCUGAUACUGUUCAAACAUCAUCUGGAGCAGUACGUCCUUCUACUUCCACUGAUUCAGUACAAAAAUGAAACAUGUAUUGACAACAGAUCAAACCACAGAACCUACACAACCCCUGAGUACAAAAUGUGAUCCCCUUGUUGCACCAAGGAAUGCAGAGGAAAGGGCAAUAAUGUAAAGAAUUGAGAAUGUAUUGUUUAUUGUACAUUUCAUAAUCUACAGUUACAA